GUAGGUUAAAUUUAGGAUUAUUUUGAGGUUAAUAAACCCAAAAAUAAAAAUAUAUAGACGUGUUAUUAAUGUAAUAAGACUAGUAAGCAAAAAAUAGUUUUUUGUUUUCAUGGACUGCUUUUUUUAAUUAUUAUUUUUAUGAAAAUGUCUAUAUUUGUUAAAUAAUUACAUAGCACUACAACUUUCCUAAAUGUGGAUUAACUGUUAAUGUUAAUAUCUAAAAUAUGGCUUUUGUAAUGAAGACAGCACGAACCUUAAGAAAUCAUUGGAAAAAAUCUACAUUUGCAGCUGCGCUUCUUACAUAUGGCUUUGUUUCUGGUAAAACUUAUUUGGACAACCAAGCUUUGAUGAGGAACUAUUGUCUUAAAGCUGCAGAAUAUGGCAAAGAAACAAUAUCUGUACAUACGAAUCCUCGCAGCAUCACAAUAAUCUUAAAUCCUAAUGCAAAUAAAAGAAAAUCGCUAGAUGAAUUCGAAAAAUACUGCGCCCCUCUAUUACAUUUAGCAGGCAUCUCUGUUGAGGUUGUAAAAACUGAAUCCGAGGGACAUGCAAAGACUCUUAUGGAAGGUAUUGGGGGUACUGAUGCCAUUGUAGCAGCUGGAGGUGAUGGAACAUUAUCUGAAGUUGUCACUGGACUGUUGAGAAGGACAAAUGAAAAUACUUCCAAUUUAGUUCCUUUAGGUAUUUUGCCUCUAGGUAAAAAUAAUACUGUAGCAAAGAAUUUAUUUUCCUUGGAAAAGAAAAACAAUGUUCGGUUUUUGGCUGACGCCACUAUGGCUGUAAUAGAGGAAAUGACUAAACCUGUAGACAUAAUGAAAAUCGAAGUUUUAGAAGGAGACGAAAAUAUAUCUAAGAAACCAAUAUACGCAGUAGCGAGUGUAAAAUGGGGUGCUUAUCGUGAUGCCGAGGCUAAGAAAGACAGUUACUGGUAUUUUGGAGCAUUAAGGAAAUACGCAACAUAUAUUUUUAAUGGAUAUAAAAGUAGCCUUUCAUGGAAUUGCCAAGCACUUCUGAACUACAGUAUGCCAUGCAAAGGAUGUUCAAAUUGUAAAAGUAAACCUGUUACAGCGCAGAAAACCGGUUGGUUUCAAAGAUUUAUCAAAGAAAAUAGAUCUCACGAUAAAUAUUUUGGAGUUUACAAUCCAGAAUGUCAAACGUCUCAUCAGAAAGAAAUUGUCACAGCCGAUUUAGCGCUGUUAACAUCAAAUGCUAUACCAAAGAGUUUAAAUUCAAGGAACAUUCCAAAACUAGAAAUCCAAAUAGGUCCGGAUAAGUUGGAUUAUAUAGAUUUUGUUAAAAACGGGUGGAUGUCUGAAAACGGCAAAAGCAGAGAAGUGAAAGAAGUUAUUAAAGCCAGAACAAUACAAAUUAAUCCGCUGAAGGAAAAGGAAUCGUGGUUUUCCAUUGACAAUGAAUAUUACGAAGCAAAACCAAUAAAAAUUACUUUGCUGCCUGAAGCUAUAAACAUGUUUUGUAAAAAAGAUACAUCUCUCUGAGUUAU